AUGGAUGGCGGCCAUUCAACACCUGAGAACGCAGUUCGGUACUUUGCCGUUAUUGGCGUGCAUGACGAAGCAGCGUUGCCGGAAGCAGGCGAACUCCCAGUCCAGGUCCUUCAACGAUACCCGAAGAAGGAUCACAAGGACGUCAGGUUUCCUCCCGCCCUUGCUUCCUUCUGCUUCCCGCGCGGAGGUGCUCAAGUUGCGGGGCCGCAGGACGAGGUGGUGGAGACGCUUCAUGGCUUUGUCCUUACCAACGAAGCUGGGGACCGCUGCUUUGGGGCAGCGUUGCACAUCUGGUGUUGGGAUGCGGCUCGCUCAUGCUUGGUGCAGAGGGCUGGAGCACUCGCCGUGGUCAGUACACAGCCACUCUGGGGGGCAUUCCGAGCAUUUUUAUACAGCUUGCGGUAUUCGGGAAACUCACCAGAGAGGUUUGUCGUCAGCUUUAUCUCGGAGACGCCUUUGCCACCACCGGGGUUUCAAGUAAUUGUGCCUUGGCCAGAGAUACCACCGUUCGCACUGCAAAGACCAGCGCCGAACCAGCUGCCGCUGCUUGACCUACCCGUCAGGCAAGCCGACAGCUGUUGCAAAGCUCGGCAAGCAGAGCCAUGUCAGGUUGAUUUUCCAGCAGCUCAAGCCCGAAAGUGUUGUCACAAUCGUAGAGGCAUUGCUUCUCGAGCAUCGAAUCGUUCUUCAUUCAGUCUGCUGCGGGCUCUGCUGCAGCUGUUGGGUUGUGCCUAG